GUAAAUCAGUGAUGCUGUAUGCUGCAGAAACCAUCCCCAAACUGAAAACAAGAACACAAAAGAUGGGAGGUAGUGAUCAAAGUCUUCAACAAGGAGAGGGAGGCAAGAAAGGUAAAGGGAAGAAAAAGAAGUGA